AUGCGGUGGCCUCUUCCCUCCUUUCCGUAUCCGCCGUCCAAGGAUGGAUUUUGGAAUCCUGUCACCUCUACCCUUAACUGGUGUGAAGAGGACUACUAUGCCACCAUUUAUUCUGCUGAAAUUGUCAAUACCUUGACGAAUCUCCUGUUUAUGGGGUUAGGCUUCAAGGGUAUUAUUAGCUGUCGCCAAAAUCAGCAUGAUCAGAUCUUCUUGGUGGCUUAUCUGGGCUACCUGGUGGUGGGAACUGGUAGUUUCCUAUUCCACUCGACGCUGAAAUACCCAAUGCAACUCGUGGACGAGCUCUCAAUGAUCUACACAACCUGCCUCAUGGUCUACGCCAGUUUCUCAUACACCCGCCCGGUGAAUGUCCGCGUUAUACUAGGCGUUUCGCUCGCCUUACUCUCUGUAUUUAUCACUUUGUACUAUCACUACAUUCAGGAUCCCGUUUUCCACCAGGUUGUCUAUGCGAUCUUGACCACCGUGGUUGUCCUGCGUAGCAUGCACACCAUGGAGGUCACUUUACGGCCCCGGUGGCGCAAGUCCCGCGAAGAAGACCGGCUGGAACGGCAGAAGCAGGGACUACCAGUGCCUACCAAAGAGCGCCAACAUUACGAGAAUGUGCGUGACAUGAAAACCCUCAAAACAAUGUGGUUCAUGGUGGCAUACGGCCUGAGCAUUUUCCUCGGUGGAUUCGCCAUCUGGAACCUAGAUAACCAGUUCUGUUCUAGCAUUCGUCGAUGGAGACGGCAAGUGGGCCUGCCGUGGGGGAUAUUCCUGGAGGGUCAUGGUUGGUGGUAUGGCUUCCUUUCCUAUCUAUCCGGUGCUACACACUAUGUCUUGAGUCCUACUUACUCCAUUUCUAGGCAUGUCAUGACUGGUGUCGGUGCAUACCUGUACAUCAUCUGGGGCAUCUGGCUACGACACUGUCUUAAUGGUCGUCAAGACGACUAUCACCUGCGCUGGGCGCAUUUCUGGCACUUCCCCGAAGUGAUUCGUACUACACCUACAUCCGACAAUGGCGUUUCCCGAGCCAAGAAGUCUACCUAG